CAGAACUAGUGCACAGAUUCAAGAGCAUCAGAUUAGCCUUGAAUACUGGACUAGAGCUCAGAAGGCGUGUGCUCUCUUUCUGCAACUUGACAGCUGUGGGAUCUUAGAUUCUCCUGUUCACACCAAUUCCACGCCUGUGAGCCCCUCAUUGAGCCUUCACACAGGGAAUUCAGUGGAUGGCCAUCUUAACUACAUCGAGGCUCCAGUGAGUGCUGCAAGGACAAUUUCAUCCCCAAUGAAUGCUAUAGGGUCUUCUAUGAAUGCUCUGGGUUCACCAUACAGAGUCAUAGCUUCAUCCAUUGGAUCUCAUUCUGUUUCUCUGUCCUCAAGUCCGGGCAUGAAUUUUGUAUCUCAUACAAGUCCUCAGCUCAAUGUCAUGAACCAUACCAGCAGCUCUGAGGACAUCAAGCCCUUACCAGGCCUCCCAGGAAUUGGAAACAUGAAUUAUCCAUCUACAAGCCCAGGAUCCCUGACCAAACACAUCUGUGCUAUCUGUGGGGACAGAUCAUCAGGGAAGCACUACGGGGUAUACAGCUGUGAGGGCUGUAAAGGUUUCUUCAAGAGGACAAUAAGAAAGGACCUUAUCUACACAUGCCGCGAUAACAAAGACUGCCUAAUAGACAAGCGUCAGCGUAACCGCUGCCAGUACUGCCGUUAUCAGAAAUGCCUGGCUAUGGGUAUGAAGAGAGAAGCUGUGCAAGAGGAGCGGCAGAGAAGCCGAGAGAGGAGUGAGAAUGAGGCCGAGUCGACGAGCAAUAGUAACGAGGACAUGCCUGUGGAAAGGAUUUUAGAAGCUGAAUUAGCUGUUGAACCAAAGACUGAAUCAUACAGUGACAUGAAUGCAGAGAACUCGACGAAUGACCCUGUCACUAACAUAUGUCAUGCAGCUGACAAGCAGCUCUUCACACUAGUUGAAUGGGCCAAGCGAAUCCCCCACUUCUCAAACCUAACACUGGAAGACCAAGUGAUUCUUCUUCGUGCAGGCUGGAAUGAGCUGCUGAUUGCAUCUUUCUCUCAUCGCUCUGUGUCUGUGCAGGAUGGCAUCCUACUCGCCACUGGCUUGCAUGUACACCGCAGCAGUGCACACAGCGCUGGCGUGGGUUCUAUUUUUGACAGAGUUCUGACAGAGCUAGUAUCUAAGAUGAAAGACAUGCAGAUGGAUAAGUCUGAGCUGGGGUGCCUGCGAGCCAUCGUCCUGUUUAAUCCAGCGGAUGUCUACCUCUGUGCCUCCCAAGCCUUGCUCUGGAAGAGGGCCUUUCCUGGAUGCUGCAAGCAUCAUCCCCAGCUGCAGAAGAAUGCCAAGGGCUUGUCCAGUCCCUCUGAAGUGGAAUCACUAAGAGAAAAGGUCUAUGCCACACUGGAAGCAUAUACAAAGCAGAAGUACCCUGAACAACCUGGCAGGUUUGCCAAACUCCUCCUCCGACUGCCAGCACUGAGAUCUAUUGGGCUGAAAUGCCUCGAGCAUCUCUUCUUCUUCAAGUUGAUCGGGGACACGCCUAUUGACACCUUUCUCAUGGAGAUGCUGGAGACCCCACUCCAGAUCACCUGAUCCUUGUUGCUGGGAAAGAGAUAGUACAGACCAGCUUAGGAUAUAAUGGACCCUGUCUGCUCCUGCACAGCCUUCUUUCCCUUUCCCCAUACUAUGACAGCUCAUAUUACAGAGAGGGGCUUUCUGAUUCUUCAGCUCUUUUUAGGUGGGAAUUUUUGUACAUAGGUCAAGUGAUGCAUCUAACCUUUCCCUUGCCAGCUGUAGGAUCUCUUCAGAACACUAACAAGCCAUUUCCCCUGUACAUAUAUCAUCAGUUUAAAUUAUUUUUUCACUUUCAAAAAUAAAAAGGAACAAAAUAAAAUAAUAUAUAAGACAU